UUAAAAUUAAUUGAGCGAGUAGGGUGAAAGUUAAAUGAUAUUGGUGAAUGAAAAAUUAGCUACUUUACUAGUAGUUGAUCGAAAAAUUUGGUGUAGUUAUUCGUUUUUCUAAAUCAUAUCUAUAUAAAUCAUGCAAUAUGGCGCUGAACACUUCUACGUUAUAUUUCUCCGAAAACUUUUAUUUAUCGAAUGAAGUUUAAAGUUGACUAAGCCAGUGAUGUCGCUUGGAAAUGUCGAGCGGCUUCAGUUCUUGCACAAGCUGUAUUUUGUACGCUCUCAAUUUAAGGGGUCCCAUGUGACGGCCUGUUUUUUAGCGAUUUUUUCCUACGAUCAGUAUAUAGAUAAAGCCUUAUGUUUAUUAUCAUUUAUUAACAUAUAUUUCGACAGUAUAAAUAUAAAUUUUAAGCAAAUGUAUUGUGUAGAACAUGAGCUACAGCAUUCUGAACACCCACGCCUCGAAAAAAUGGGCUCGCACUUCCUCAACGAUUCCGGCUGAUUGGCUUAUCAAAAACGAAAAAAGUUAGCGGAUAUUAUUGGAUCACAUCCUGGAGAUGGAAAGAUUAGUGUCAAACCUGAUACCGAAGAUUUUUCCUGAUAAGGAGGGGUUUAAAAGACUACCGCUUUCUUCUGGUAAAUUUGUACAAUUGUACCUCACGUAAGUCAGUUCUCAGUUUCUCAUAACCGUAUUUAGCCCGCCUUCCUAAGCGAUAUAAGGAUUUAAGUACGGAACGUAGUUAAGAGCAUCACACAUCUAAUGGGCAAAAAUACAGAUCGUAGUAAGAAGAUUACUAUCAAAAUAUUUACUAUUUCUAGCUGAAUUAGCUAAUAUAAAAUUCUUCAAGAAAAGAUGAAAUAAACAAGUAAGGAAUGGCUAAGUUCGGGUGCAACCGAACAUUUUAUACUCUCGCAAUUUAUUGAAGAAAUUUUAUUAAGAUAAAAAUUUUACCCAUAAAUUCGGCAUAAGAAUAACGAAAAUCGUCAUAUAUAUGAGGGCUGAGGUAAUUCCUGAACCGAUUUCAUUCAUUUUCAACAGCAAGGAACACUAUAUUCAAGACUAUACGCUCACUUAAUUUUGCAAUUACCUCUGAAUUACAUUAAAUUAUCUAAGAGAUUUACCCAUAUUUUCGGUUACUAUUUACUCUUAGGCGUUGAGUUCAACAUGUUCGAUAUCUGGGGCCUUGAAAAGUUAUAGUCCGUUUUUGAAAAUUUUUUAACAAGUGAAGCCAGAAAUGAUAUGAACUAUUUGUGUAAAGUUCUAUUCCACUAUCUUCAUUGGUUCCUUAUGUAUACAUUACAAAGUGAAGGAAUAAGAUGAGUUAUAUGGAAAGUAGUCGUGGUUGUGUACAGAUUUCGCCCAUCUUUUAUCCGUGUGAUCAGGGUGUCAAGAAAAUAGUAUAUACCGAAUUUCAUGGAAAUCGGUCUAGUAGUUCCUGAGAUAAGGUUUUUGACCCAUAAGUGGACCCAAGGAAUAUUUGUGCCAAGUCUCGUCAAGAUAUCUUCAUUUUUACUCAAGUUAUAGCUUGCAUUGAUGGACUGACAUCCGGAUUUCAAAUCUACUCGUCACCCUGAUCACUUUGGUAUAUAUAACCCCAUAUCUAAUUCUUUUAGUUUUAGGUGUUACAAACAACCGUUAUUUGAACAAAACUAUAAUACUAUCUUAACAAUUUUUGUUGCGAGAGUAUAAAAAUGAGUUAUUUAAUCAUUAAUUAGACUAUAACUAGCUUGCGUAUUGUUUUCGUUUGGGAUAAGUCGAAGAUUAGAUAAUCACUUAUCGAGAAGUUCAAAUGGUGUUGAAUAUUCCAUGGUCUCGACACUCUGAUUUAAAUAUUUGGAAUGACAUGUAUUUUACAUCUCCUUCUAAACUCUUCAGUUCAGGAUUUAUGAAACUCCAUAAUAUUAAGAAAUAUAAAAAUAUUUGUGGAUAUCCCCAAAGUUUCUUAAAUACAGUUUCAUUAAUGUAUAUCUAUCGUAUGUUUCCUCGAGCGAAAGUAGCUAACAAAUUUCAUUUUCACGGUUCAACUAUUUACGCCCGCCACUGUAGUCAAUGUCCAUAUACAUAUGUAUAUAUGUAAGUAUAUACAUUUGUGUAUGCGAGCGGCCCAUUGACUAAAUUAGAAUUUAUCAACGUAAAAGCUUAGCGCUGUUAAGUGGGAUAUUUAGUGUCAUCUGUACUAUCCCCAACGCUGGUUAUAUACUUAUUUGUAAAAAUGGCCAGCGCAACGCGACGUCUUCACAAAGUGCUCGUCUCCCAUCCGGAGGUUCCCAAAGCAGCGUUGGAGCUUCUUCAACAGCGUGGAUGUGAAACAAUCGUGUGCGAGAGUGUCCCUCCAUCGCGUGCCGAAAUCAUACGCAAACUGCCCGGAGUGGAUGCCAUUUUCUGGGCGCACUAUCAACCGUUAAACGCGGAGAUACUCGACGCAGCCGGCAAGCAGUUGAAAGCGGUCUCAACCAUGUCAUCGGGCAUUGACUACGCUGAUGUCGCGGAAUUCAAGCGCCGCCAAAUGCCGCUGGGUCACACGCCAGGCAUAGUGAAGAACUCUGUGGCUGACAUAGCCGUGGGCUUGAUGAUAUCUGCCGGCAGACAUUUCCAAGCUGGACGACAGGAGAUUGAGAAUUCUCUUUGGCGCACGGAGCGCAUCAAUUGGCUGAUGGGUCAAGAGGUGCGCGGCUCGGUGGUGGGCUUUAUGGGCUUUGGCGGUAUAGGUCAAGCUGUUGUGAAGCGUUUACAAGGUUGGGAGGCGGCAAAAUUCAUAUACCACACACGUUCCACACAUGAAAAUCCCUAUGGCGCCAUUCAUGUGCCGUUCGAUCAGUUGCUACGGGAAAGUGAUUUCCUUGUUGUCACUUGUCCAUUGACGGCGGAGACGCGUGGUAAAUUCAAUGCCGACGCUUUCAAACAGAUGAAGUCGAAUUGUGUGUUUGUGAAUGUGGGCAGAGGAGGUAUUGUGGACCAACCAGCUCUUGUCGACGCUUUGAAGAGUGGUGAAAUUGCUGCGGCAGGCUUAGACGUAAUGACGCCAGAACCACUUCCCGCGGAUGAUCCGCUUUUGAAGCUGCCCAAUUGUGUCGUCAUUCCGCAUAUAGGCACCCAAACUAUGCAGACGACCACUGAAAUGGCCUUGACAGCUGCGAAUAAUAUACUAAAUGCAUUGGAAGGUAAACCAAUGGUUUGUCCUGCAUACUAAAAUCACUUUCCUAUACCCUAAGUAUGUGCAGGCAGACAUACAUGCAUUUAUUGUUGUUUUAUAUUUUAAAUAAAAAUUGAAUUGAAGUUUA